AUGGGUAUCGACUCGGUUUCGCGGCUCAACUUUGACCGCCAUUUCCCCAUAACGAGCGCACUGGUAGCCAAACUCGGUUUCCACACGAUGUAUGGGUUCAACAAAGUGGGCGACAAUACCUUCCCAAACCUCACCCCGCAGUUGACCGGGCAGUACGUGCACGACAUAUGGGAUGAGACUCGCAUGAAGGGCGUCCCCUUAGACUACUUUCCUUUCAUAUGGAAAGAAUAUAAACAACGAGGGUAUUUAACCUUGUACAUGGAGGACGGACCUAGCUACAAUACGUUUAAUUGGAGACGGGUCGGUUUCGAUAAGCCGCCCACGGAUUACUACUUAAGACCUUACUUUCAGUCCAUUAACGACAAUACGGGGCGCAAAUAUUUUGCCUAUCACUUCAUGUCCCGGCUAACCCACGAGGACCUAAACGCCCCGGGUUACCUCGACCCUAUUAUCGCCAAACUGGUCACUCGACUAUAUACACAAAAUUUGCUUGAUAACACUGUUCUCGUAUUAUUCUCGGAUCACGGCAUUAGGUUUGGGUCAAUCCGGGAGACCCUGUCCGGUAAAUACGAGGACAGACUACCGGCUAUGCAUAUAUACCUACCGCCGCGUAUGCGCACACCUAACAUGUCUAUCAAUGAGCACCGGUUGACCACCCAUUUCGACAUUCACGCCACCCUUAAGCACAUUAUCGAGGGCCGACCGAAUAGCACACUAAAAUACGGACAGUCACUGCUCGAUGAGGUGCCAGAGUCCCGGAGCUGCCAAUCGGUGCCCAUACUAGCCCACUUUUGCGCCUGUCAGUCGAGCACCCCGGUAGCUGACCUCAGUCACGUGCGCCAAAUAUCCGAAUUCGUGGUCCGGGAGCUGAACACACUUUUGUCCGACAGUGUCGCCAUCUGUCACCGGUUGGCGCUCGACACAACCGAAUCGGCUUUCGAGCAGCGAUUUAACGACAAAUUCAUGCGUUUCGUUGACUGCGACAACGAUCGCAAGGAUUGCGCCAAAUAUGUGACGUUUGGUCGUAAGACACGCGCCACGUAUCGCCACUAUUUGGUGACCGUUAGGGUGAGCCCCAGUCGCGCGCUGUUCGAGGCGACGGUAGGUGUCGAUAGUGAUACGGGAGACAUGCAGGUGAUGGUCUGUAUAUGUUUGGUGCCCGGAGUGCGCCCAGUGGUCCCUGAUGGGUAUGACAUAUCGAUCGAAGCAGCACUGGGUGGAAAUGGAGCCGCGGGUGGCAAUGGCGGCGACGCUACUAAUGGCGAUGGAGGUAAUGGCGGCAACGGUGGCAAUGGUGGUAACGGCGACCAUCGCGUCAAUGACGACUACUUUGACAACCAGUUGUGGAGAGUGGAGGACCUGAAUGAGACCAACAAUAACCACAAUUUCCUGGCGCUCAAAGUGGCCAGUAUUGUGUACUACCGGCGCUCCACGUUUACCGACUCCGUGGCAGCCCUACUCCACGAGGCCGCCACCACGCCCUCCCGCAAACCUCCCGCACGCCCUCAAUAUGGGCGGCUCCUGUCGUGA